AUGCUCAAAAAAAAAAAAAGUAAAGAAAGUGCUUCCAAAAGAACAUUUUUAUGCAAACAUGCUGGUAUAUAUGUGCCAAAUAAGGAUAGUGAUGCCUAUGAAGUAACGACGUUUGUAAAUGAACAUAAAGGUCAUGAACUUAAUUCUCAGAAGGUUUAUCUUUUAUCCCAAUUUCGGAAAUUAACUAAAGAAAUGUUGAAUGAUAUACAAUUUUGGAUACUCGAAGGUGAUAUCAAUGCCAAUAGGCAGCAUCAAAAUGCAUCAGCACAAAAAGAUUCAUUUAAUCUUGUUAAUGAUUUAUUAAAAAAAAAAAUGAUGACCCAAGAUGGAUCGUGGAAUAUCAAAUUAAUUCAACUUAGCGUUGAAGCUUUUGAGAAUGCAUAUAUAAAAUUAAUUAAUGAGUAUCCUGUGGCCAAAACUUAUAUUGAAUAUUUGUACUUAAGUUUUAAUGAAGUACUUAAAAAGAAUUUAGAUGGUCGAUGCAUAUCAUUAUGUGAUCUUCAUAUAACAAUUGCUCGAUUACUUAAAGAAAGACAAAAUAAUAACGAAUUUGUUGCAUGGAAAACAUCAAUGUCAAUCAUCUCACCACCAAAUAUAUAUAACAAAAUAUUUCAAGAAAUUGAUAAAAAACUUUGUACAUAUAUAACAUUAGCAAUAACAGAAAAAAUUUGGGAACAGAUGAAUUAUAGCUUUCUUUAUCAUGCAACGCAAAUUGAAUUUAACAAUCUUGCUCAAAAUAAUCCAGAUCUAGAUGUCUUAUAUGAGACAAGUUGUGUUGAUGAGGUCUUUGAUUUGCUGCAAACCUGUAUAAAUAUGAUUUUAUUGGAGUUUCGCAGUCAAAUUAGUUCAAUAUGGGAAGUUUGGCAUAUGAAAUAUGCAACACCACCACAAUUUAUUUGCCUUUUAACAAAUGCAGCAGCAAAAUUUCACAUUAAUAUGGUUAACCGACACUGGUUAAAUAAUGAAAUGUAUGAUAAAGACCUGAAUAGCCGGAAUUUUAUUGGAUUGUUAACUACUGAUACAAACAUUUUAACUACAGAACUUCCUAUUAAGUGGAUGUUUGGUCUUGCAAAAACAUUAAUAAAUAAAACAAUUGAAUUAGAUAUAGAUAGAAAAUUGCUUACGAUGCUUGAAAACUUUCAAAAAAGUGAAAUUAAUCCAAUUCUUAGUAAUAUAGAUUAUACGCAACUUGGUGAUGUAGAUAUUAUUGUUUUGGAUGAGAGAGUAUAUGAAACCAGAAAUGAAACUGUACUCAGCACUAACGAAACUCAAAAGAGAAAGAAUUCGGAGAUCAGUGUCAAUAAUCCUAUCGUUAAACACAGAAAGGGUCAUCUGCGAAAAGAGCAUCGUGUUCUUAGUAGUGUUGAAGCCACUCAAUCAUUAGCGGGUUCCAAGUUGAGAAGUGUUACUUGUGCAUAUUGUCAUGAAAUUGGUCAUAAUAUCAGGCAUUGUAAAAAAAAGAUCGCUGAUGAAACUAGAUGA